AUGAUCCGCCCGCCAGGGUCUGGUCUGGUCUGGUCUGGUCUGGUCUGGUCUGGUCUGGUCUGGUCUGGUCUUACCGCAAGGCUAACAUCACUAGCCUCGCCCGGGCUGAUUCAGGCUGCGGGAAGAGCCCUUGGGAUUUCCGGGAAGGGCGCUCGAAACAGCGGAUCUCCAGAGGCUGGAGACGACGACAAGAUGGAUGUCGAUGUCGAGGACACUGCACCCCCGGCUGAGGAGGAGUAUCCAGACGUUGACGGUGAGCCGCCGGCUUGGGCAGAGGAUAGGACACCGCUUGGAGACGCGAUUCCCUGGUUUCGGAAAUUUCAGGGCGGUAUGCACACCAAGGACGGAGUACUCUAUGGGGUCCUGAUCAGUGGGGAUGCGGGAGUGCGAUCGUAUAUCGACGAUGAGAUUAUCAUUACUCGAACGGGCGGAGGGAGCGAGAAAGACGCAGAAGGGAAGCUGACCCAGGUUGCGGACCAGAAGGACGACACCGCCAUCUCCAGAUCGGUCAACAAUAGUAUGAAGUUCAAUAUCGCCGUCGGGGUGGUGAUAGGGAAGAAGAACAAGAUUCUCAAACGAAAGCUGCCUCACGCUUUCAAUGUGAUGGACUACUUCCGAGUCGCAUACGUUUGGCACGAGAGGAUCGAUGGCUUUAUUGCCGUCAGGUUUCGUUUGGAGAAGCUGGAUCUGGAAGAGAAGAGCUGGUGGGCAGAGAAAGGGUCGCCUGCACCUCUCAAGACCGGAAGGCGGAAAUACGUCAAGCCCAAUGAACGCAAGUGUGGUGCUUGUAAUCAGACCUAUUAUCGCAUCUAUUACCAAGGGUGGAUGUGCCUCAACACCAGCUGCGGACGCUUUUGGAAACUGCCCGAUGGGACUGAUCCCCCAGUGGACCUGGACUACGAUCAGAAAUGGCUCGACUGGCGCCACGAGGCUGAUGGGAGGGUACAGCCUCACUACUCCCUCGUUCCGGAUUAUAUGUCGGUCAUUGAUGACACCGACCCCAAUUCCACCUACUCGCGCACCUCGUGGAAGAACGGGAUAGUAUGUCCCAAUUGCAAGCAAUGCCUGUCCCGGCGGUUCUGGGAUGGCUGGAGGUGCGACGACUCCUGCGGCUUCAGGAGGGUACUCAGCAUGCAGGCCAUCUCGCUCCGAGCAGUCAUUGAUGACUACGAGGUGGCUCCGAUCAGACGUGCGAUUGUGUUUGACCCUGGGCCCAAGGAGACCGCCCUCAUCGAACCAAAAAUCGAUGAUCUGUACUGCCAGCCUUACAGCAGACUCGUCUACGACCUCCCAGGAGCGGGCACAGUCACCCACUUUGUUGCCAACCGAGAGAUCAACGAGAGACCAAAUGGCCCCAACGACUUGUUCGUCCAGCUGCAGCAGGCUAAUCUGGGCCUGCGCCGCUAUCCAUUAUCCCAAGCAGUGGUUAACGGAACGUUGAAUGCUCAGUUUGCUGUCAACUAUGGUAUGCCGUACGGCUUCGUCGUUGCUGUUGACUCUCUGCCCUUAAGUGAGGCCUGUGACCCGAUCCUCCGAGUCAUGGGUCGUCUGACGUGGGCCACUAGAGAGGCCACGCAAACUGAGGGAAGGACAGCUCUUGUUCCGAACGAGCUUCUCGCCUUGGGCUACUUUGAGGAUAUGGCCAUCAAUUACCACGAUGACGGCGAAGAUACGCUUGGUCCGACCAUUGCCUCCCUCUCGCUCGGCGCCAUGGCUCACAAGAGCUUGCGAAUGAAGUACAAAUACUACAACGGAUUCACCAAGGGCUCAAGGAAGCUCGUGCGUCAUGAUCCGGUUCUUGAGGGUUGCCCCAACCGCGAGUGGCGGUUGGAACUCAAGCAGAAACUGGACAAUGAGGAGCUGACUUGGGCUGCAUACGAGGCGGCGUGGUGGGCAAAGUACAGGGAGACAAAGGGCAGCCCCGCCCGUGAUGCACCGCCGUGUAUCAAGACCCAGCUGCAUCAUGGGGACCUCGUGGUGAUGCAUGGAGACGGGGUACAGAAGUACUACGAGCACCAAGUCGAGCUGGAAAAGGGAGGCGGCGCAAAAUUGCGGUUUGCUCUCACUGCACGACAUGUUCUUCCCGAAAAGAUUGAGGAAAGCGAGUGGCCAAAGGGGCAGUUUAAGUUGACGAAGGAUCAGGUUUAUAAUGGGAACUAG